AUGGUAAGUCUAACGAGCGUGGGCGUGGGCACUCCGACGGCGUCCGCCCACCACCUGCUGCUCUUCCUGAACGCGUCCCAGGCCGCCGCCCACCUGCUGCAGCUCCCCGAGGCCACCCCCACGCCCGCAGCGGCCGCCCACGCCCCGAUGGUCGCCCAUGACCCCGCCGUGACGCUAGCGGACCCCACCAACGCGACGCGGGCGGGCGGGCAGCUGGUGGAGGCGGGGCAGAACGGGGCCGCCCACGGCGUGGUGGCCAGCGUGCUGCUGGUGCUGGUGCUCAACCUGAUCAUCGUGGGCACCGUGGUGGGCAACCUGCUGGUGUGCGUGGCCGUGUGCCUGGUGCGCAAGCUGCGCCGCCCCUACAACUACCUGCUGGUGAGCCUGGCCGUGUCCGACCUGUGCGUGGCGCUGCUGGUGAUGCCCAUGGCCAUGCUGCACGAGGUGCUGGGCAAGUGGCAGUUCGGGCGCCUGGCGUGCGACGUGUGGGUGUCCUUCGACGUGCUCUCCUGCACCGCCAGCAUCCUCAACCUGUGCAUGAUCAGCGUGGACCGCUACCUGGCUAUCACCAAGCCCCUGGAGUACGGCGUCAAGCGCACGCCGCGCCGCAUGGUGGCCUACAUCGCCUUUGUGUGGCUGGGCGCCGCCUUCGUCAGCGUGCCGCCCGUGCUCAUCCUGGGCAACGAGCACGUGGAGGGCCAGAGCUGCGUCGUCUGCCAGAACUUCUGGUACCAGAUCUACGCCACCUUCGGAUCCUUCUACAUCCCACUCACCGUCAUGGUCAUCGUCUACUACAAGAUCUUUUGCGCCGCCAAGAGGAUCGUCAACGAGGAGCGGAAGGCGCAGGCGCACCUCCGCUCCGUCGAGGAGGCCGAGGCGGACGCGCGCCCGCCGCAGGACACGCGCUCCUACACGCAGCUCAGGCCCUUCUCCAGGUACAGCGUCGUGGAGGUGAACAACGGAGGCGUGGAGACCCGACUAGCUCCUGAGGGAUCUUUGGCGCCGAAGGAGGAAACUGGAAGCCUUUUGGACAGUCCGCAUCAUCUUGAGGUCCCCGCCCGUAUGUGCAGUUCCUCCGUCUCCUCCGCCGCCUCCGCCGACUCCACCACAGGCUCCCGCUGGUCUCUCUGCGAAACCAACGGCCGAGCCCACCAACCCACCGCUUCCUCCACCCCACGCCCACCCAACCAGCAACCCAAAGCCGCCCACAGUUGCUGGUUCGGCGCCUGCAAGUCCUCUGCGGGCGGCGGCGGUGGAGGUAGCCCGAAGAAGCAGUGUCAGGCGCCCAAGACGAAGCUGAGGUUCGCCCUCGCCAAGGAGAGGAAGGCGUCCACCACGCUGGGCAUCAUCAUGAGUGCCUUCGUGGUGUGCUGGCUCCCCUUCUUCGUCCUGGCACUCGUCCGGCCGUUCAAGUUAUCAGCGGCCAUUCCCAACUGGAUUUCCUCUCUGUUCCUGUGGCUCGGAUAUGCGAACUCGCUCCUGAACCCGAUCAUUUACGCCACACUCAACAAGGACUUCCGAAAGCCAUUUCAGGAAAUCCUCUGCUUACGUUGUGCUUCGCUGAACCUCCUGAUGCGCGAGGAGUUCUACCACUCGCAAUACGGAGGCCCCGAGACGCCCACCCUCUCCGCCGUCAGGACCAACACGGCCACGAACCCAAGGAACUCCUCGGAGAUCCACCUCGCUAUCACGGAGGGGAGGGACGUCAAGGAACACUUCGAGUGCCAGAACGAGUCUAAGAUAUGA